ACCAGAUUGAAUUUGAUUCUGCCAUAGCAAUGGAUGAUCUACCAUUUUAAAAAAUACAACAGAGAAUAUAAAAUAACAAGCGAUCGCGAGUUAAAGGGAAAAUUGUGAAAUAGUUCGCGUGGAAUCAUUUACUAUGAGCAGUAAUUUGGCCAUCCGCCAUCAUACCAUUGGGAAACCUGCGGUUGUCGGAAAUUUGCCCGUCUUUAUGAGGAUUUUGUAGCAUUCAGCGAUCGAUUUAUCACUGGUUUACAUUCUCUCUACUUAGUGGAUAUAUUCAGGAAUACAUACCCGUAAUUUUUAGGAGUGUACACCCUGCCGAAUUCGAGUACAAGCGAUUAUUACUGGUGAAUACAUCCCCGGGAAUCGUGAAACGACGAGGUGGACUACAUAGCAGUAACUAAUGUUGGUUAUUAGGAGGUGACGUUAACUUUGUCUUCGCAAUGAGCUUCGGUAGCGAUGAAGUAAACUUCUUAGUUUAUAGAUACCUUCAAGAAUCGGGGUUUGCCCAUUCUGCAUAUACAUUUGGUAUAGAGAGCCAUAUUAGUCAGUCAAACAUCAAUGGCUCCCUGGUACCACCAGCUGCCCUACUUAGCAUUAUACAGAAGGGUCUCCAGUAUACAGAAGCAGAGAUCAGCAUUGGAGAGGAUGGAGCUGAGAGAGUCAUUGAGUCAUUGUCAUUAAUUGAUGCAGUAAUGCCUGAUGUUGUGGAGUCUAGGAAGCAAGCAGCACAGAAAAAUCAUCAAAUAAAAACAGAGCCAACUAACACAAAUGGGGAAGAGGGUUCACAUUCAUUAACAAAUCAUACAGAAGAAAAUAUGGAAAUAGAUGGCGCUCUAGAAAUCCCCAGCAGUAAAGCAACUGUCUUGCGGGGCCAUGAGUCAGAGGUGUUCAUCUGUGCAUGGAAUCCUGCCAAUGAUCUUCUAGCUUCAGGAUCUGGAGAUUCAACGGCGAGGAUCUGGAACUUAAACGACAACAGUAAUAGUGCCAACCAAUUAGUGCUCAGACAUUGUAUACAAAAAGGUGGGACGGAAGUCCCGAGUAAUAAAGAUGUAACUUCUCUCGAUUGGAAUUGUGAUGGUACUUUACUAGCGACUGGGUCAUAUGAUGGCUAUGCCAGGAUAUGGAGUACAGAUGGUCGAUUAAAUAGUACAUUAGGCCAACACAAGGGUCCUAUAUUUGCUUUAAAAUGGAAUAAAAAGGGCAACUAUAUACUCAGUGCAGGUGUAGAUAAGACAACUAUUAUAUGGGACGCCAACACAGGUGUUUGUACUCAGCAGUUUGCAUUUCACUCUGCCCCUGCGCUGGACGUAGAUUGGCAGAGUAACAAUAGUUUUGCGUCAUGUUCUACAGAUCAGUGCAUACACGUCUGCAAACUGGGUGUUGAUCGACCAAUCAAAUCAUUCCAGGGUCAUAGAAAUGAAGUAAAUGCCAUUAAAUGGGACCCCCAAGGGACUUUAUUAGCCAGUUGCUCUGAUGAUAUGACUUUGAAGGUUUGGAGUAUGAAACAAGACACAUGCUUACAUGAUCUUCAGGCUCAUAAUAAAGAAAUUUAUACAAUAAAAUGGAGCCCGACUGGGCCUGGUACAAAUAAUCCUAAUUCUCCACUUAUCCUCGCUAGUGCUUCUUUUGACUCUACAGUUCGUCUAUGGGACGUUGACAGAGGUGUUUGUAUUCAUACGUUAACCCAACACCAAGAGCCUGUAUAUAGUGUAGCAUUCAGCCCGGAUGGUCGUUUCCUCGCCAGCGGCUCUUUCGACAAAUGUGUCCAUAUAUGGAAUGUACAGUCUGGUGCGUUAGUACACAGUUACAAGGGAACUGGGGGAAUAUUUGAAGUGUGCUGGAAUCACAGGGGAGACAAAGUAGGAGCAAGCGCUUCAGACGGUUCAGUUUUCGUGCUAGAUCUUAGGAAAUAAAUGAACAAUAGAGGGAGCAGUUUUCCAUCUGUGAGUAGAGAAGAGGAGAGACUGACCUGGUUCAGACAGCCACCAAUAGAUGGCUCCAAAGCAAAAUGAAUAGCCUCAAAGCCAAACUCAUAAGGCUGAUAGCAGCAGUACAGAACAGAAACAUGAGCGAUUGCUUUGAGAAUAUAUUUUGAAGAAAUGUGAUUGGAGGAAAUCAGGAAUGAAUAUGAAUAUGUACAGUUCUAUUUUUGAGUUGGAAGGAUGUGAUAAUGUGCUUAGCAGUAUAGGGUAAAGUCACAUCUGACAUAUAG